GAAAGUUGUAGUCCUUAACGUUAAUGUCGGAAUGGACUUUAAAAAAUCAUAUUGAUUGUUAAAUAUGGAUACAGAGGAAGAAACUCCGUUCCCGACGACCAAGGCGAAAGGUGGAUGGCGUCGUGUGCUUGAACAACGAUUGCCUAUAAUCUCAUGGGCACCGCGUUAUAACCGGUUGUCGGGCAUUGCUGAUCUGGUGGCUGGCAUCACGCUAGGACUGACGCUGGUGCCGCAGAGCAUCGCUUACGCUGCGCUGGCGGGGUUGCCUGUGCACUAUGGACUCUACUCUUCGUUUAUGGGUACGCUCCUAUACAUGUUCUUCGGGACUGUAAAGGAGGUGAGCAUCGGGCCGACGAGUCUCAUGGCGCUGUUCGUACUGCAGACCUGUCACGGGCUGCCCAUACAGUACGUGGUGCUGCUUACGUUCCUGUCUGGAGCUGUGGUCAUGCUUAUGGGACUGUUGCGGCUUGGGUUCCUAGUGGAUCUAAUAUCGCCUUCAGUAACCAGCGGGUUCACGUCAGGCACCGCCGUCAUCAUCGUCGUGACCCAACUGAAGGGGCUGCUUGGUCUCAGCUUCUCUGCGGAGUCCAUUACUGAGAACCUGGCAAAUAUUGUGCAGAAGUGGGGACAGGUGCAGGUGCCUGAUGUGCUGCUGAGUAUUGUGUGCUGCACGGUGCUGUUGCUGCUUAGGAAACUAAAGGACAUCGACGUAGGCCCAAAACGCGCCGUCCUAAAACGAGCUCUAUGGGUGAUUUCCAUCAGUCGUAACGCCUUAGUUGUCACGUGUGCGGCCUUCUUCGCGUACCACGCCUGCGACCAUGAAAAACCAUUCAUUAAACUUUCUGGCAAAGUAGAACCAGGCCUGCCGCCCUUCUCACUGCCACCAUUCAGCGUACCUCACGGCAACGGCACCACGGGCUUCAUCGAGAUGGUGCAAGAGCUAGGCUCGGCGGUCAUCAUGCUGCCGAUCGUCAUGGUGCUCGCGAACAUCGCCAUCGCUAAGGCUUUCUCGUCAGGCGGCCGCGUAGACGCGACGCAAGAAAUGCUGACACUAGGCAUAUGCAACAUGGCGGGGUCUUUCUUACAUUCCAUGCCGACCACCGGCGCCUUCACGCGCUCCGCUGUCUCGCACUCCAGUGGAGUUCAGACGCCAGCCGCUGGACUUUACUCAGCUGUCAUCGUGCUAAUGGCGCUGCGAUUCAUGACAUACUACUUCAAGUUCAUUCCAAAAGCCUGUCUCUCGUCGGUACUCAUCUGCGCCGUCAUUUUCAUGAUUGACUAUGGUACGGUGUUGAGUCUAUGGCGCACGUGCCGCUCGGAGCUAGCGGUUCUGCUGCUGACAUUCGUUGUGUGCCUUGUGGACAGCGUAGAGCGUGCUGUACUAGUUGGCGUGCUGGCCGCCACCGCCGUGCUGCUGCGCGGGGUCAUGCGGCCCGCGAUUCACCGGCACACUGUGCAGGUGGGCGGCAUAGAAGCAACGCGCGUGCGACCUACGCUGGCGCUAAUAUUCCUGAACAUGGAAUACGUUGCGGCCCGCGUGACCGCGGCUGCGCGGACGCGGCCUAACGCGCCGCUGUUGCUGGACUGUAGCGCGCUGUCGCUCAUUGACGACGCCUCACGACAGGCAUUGGAGCGUUUAGUCAAAAAGUUCAAGAGCGUUGACCAGAAACUGAUCGCGUACAACGCGUCUCCGGAGGUAUUAAAGAAUCUCCAACGAGUUGAAGGCUUAGAUCAACGAGCAUUAAGUGCCACCACUGCGAUGGAGGCGCUUACAGCUGUUUCUGAAACAAACGAACACAUUGUCGAGACCACGGCGCUGUUGAAAACUUAGCCGAUUGAAUGGAUAUGGAUUGAAUGGAUUGGAUGGAACGAAUGUAGCAUUCCGAAGUGUUCUAUGUGAUAGCUUUAAGCUUCUGUA